UGCGUCUGCGGAGGCGCAGGGGCUGCGUGUGACGCAGCGCAGCGGCGACCAAUCCGGUGUCAGACCCGCGCAGUAAAGUUGCGCAGUUCCAGCGAGAGGAGCGCAGCCAUUAUUUUACAGCCCUGAAUGUUUUCAAGCCGAGCUGGACAGAACAGAAAAACAGCCCAAACCCUCCUAACAGCCGUGUUUGGUGCUGCAGCUGUCGACCACCUCGCUGCCGGGGUCUGUGAGCCACUCAGUUUGGGAAGGUGCUGCGCAGUGAGCGGGGGGCUGCUCGGUGCGUAGUUUAAACCCGCACCGCAGCGGGGAAAUUAACCAGCUCUGACUGCGAGCAGAAGACUGUUUUAAUCGCAUCACUUGAGCCGGUGUGUAACGAUGGACGCAUCGCUGAAAGACGAGCCGUCUGGAAGUGUUGUGCCGUCCUGCGAUGCCGCCUCAGCUGCACACGACUCGACUGCAAGCGCGUCUUCAGUCCUCACAGCUCAUCAGGUCGAGCAAGCAAAGGAGCCCACUCCUGUUUUACUCUACCCCAUCAGCAUAAACAGUGCUGUGUCUCUGUCUCCAGUAUUUCGAGACAACAAGGGCUCCCAUGUUGGAGUUAGGGAGGAAGUAAGGAAGGCUGGUGGGGCUCGAGGCUAUACUGAGGCAGUGUCCACGUCAUCUGAGUUCACCCACCGAGCUAUUGUGCAUCUCAUUGAAGCAAUGCAUCGAUGCUGGGAUGUGUAUGGCUCCAGGGAACGUUCCCGUCUUUUCCAGAGUGUCCAGAGUGAACUGGAGAACCUUGGCCACUCACUGCCGGUGGAGAAGAUCCGGCGGAAAUGGAACAACCUCAUUGUCACAUACAAGAGAGUGAAAGAACGCAGCAGAUUGGGAGGAGGUCGAGCCAAGACCUCAUGGGAGUACUUUGAGAUGAUGGACAAAGUCUUGGGAAAGACGAAGAUGGAUCAGAGGGGCCCUGCUUCAGCUACUCUCGUUGGAUUUGCAACCACAGCCAAAGCAGCAGUGAGGUCAGAGGAGCGUCAGUCUCACAGUGUGUCAGUAGCUGCGGUGGCCACCCCAUGUCUGCUCAGCAAUAGCCUCUUCACCACACCAUCCCAGAUUCCCACACUGGUGACCUCCCCAGUGCUGUGUAAUGUACCCCCAAAACCAAGCCCAAAAUCUAACCCUAACCCAAGCCCCUCUUGCGGUACUGACAGCCCCAUGCCCUCUGUCCCCCCCAAACCUGCCCCUAAGGUUAUGCGACAGCCCCUGAAGAGGAGAUUACGGCAUCUUCAGCUCAGUUCAGUAGCUUCUCGCCUUGCCCAGCAGCAGGGGCAAGCAGGGGAGCGCACAGCACUCCUGCGCAAUUUUCUAACCAGUCAAGAAGAAAAGGCUCACCUGGAGGAUCAGCGCCAGAGAAAGAAAGAUGCUCGAGAGCGACGCCAGGAAAGGACAUUGAGCAGCAUGUCUGAAGCAUUGGGAAGAAUGGCAACAGCCCUGGAGUUAAUCUCCUCCAAACAAGACACCAUCAUUGCCCUGCUACAGAGACUGGCUGAUAAGCACUGAAUAAUAAAGAAUGAUUUUAAUGAUUAUUUUUACAUGUAGUUUCAGUAGGUGCAUAUUGUGUGCUGUUUUUGCAUUUAUUGUUGGUAGUUUGUGUUGUAAACAGAACCCUGCUGGAAAAAAAUCAUAAACCAUUAAAAGUUUCUGCAGGUUUU